GGAGUAUUUAAAAAACCAACAAGCUUAUUGCUAAACGAAGACACAGAAAGGAACACUAAAACCCUAAACCCGUGGUCAUUGCUCAGUCACCACUGCCGUCUAGAGAUGGCGCUAUGUUCGCUCCGCCUUCGCCGAGCUAGCUCUCUCUCCUCAUCCAUACUCAAUCGUCACCUCCACCAGUCAACCUGCACUUCCCCGUUCCCUCAUGUCCCAACCACGCCUGCUCAACUUCCCAUUUCUUACGCCCCAGCUUCUAACGCUAAAUCCCCAUUUGUCUCUCAAUUUAGGUUCUUUAGAGCAUCGCCAGUCUCGUUGUCUUCCAGGUCUCGAUAUCCUGACCGGAGUUCGACUGACGAAGGAAUCAACCCCGAUACCAUCCUCUUUGAAGGAUGUGAUUACAAUCAUUGGCUGAUUACUAUGGAGUUCCCCAAAGAUUCGUCUCCCACUCGCGAGGAAAUGAUUGAAACUUAUAUUCAGACUGCUGCUAAAGUUUUCGGAAGCGUCGAAGAGGCUAAACAAAAGAUCUAUGCCUUAAGCACGACAACAUACCAAGGUUUUCAGGUCCUAUGCUCUGAGGAAACUUCAGAAAAGUUUAAAGGUCUACCUGGAGUAGUCUUUAUUCUCCCAGAUUCUUAUAUUGAUCCAGUAAACAAAGAGUAUGGAGGAGACAAGUACAUGAAUGGAGUAAUCAUUGAGAGACCACCACCUGUACAGUAUGGGAGACAAGUACGCCGGAAUCAGAGAGGAAAUCAACAAUAUGAUGGCCAGAGAACUGGAAAUUUUGGCCCACCACCAGGUGGACCUCAACAGAACAACAUCCCGCCCCAGGUUACACCUCAGCAUAACAACAUUCCACCAGCGGGACCUACUCAUCAACAGAACUACCGCCCACCACAGGGUCCACCUCCACCUUACCAGCAGUACCCCCCACCACAGGGUCCUCCUCCACCGUACCAGCAGUACCCCCUACCACAGGGUCCUCCACCUCAUCAACAGUCCUAUAGUCCACCUCAACAGGGUCAUCCUCCCCCGCCUCAACAGUAUUAUGGCUCACCACAGCAAGGUCCUCGACCUCAACAGACAUAUGGUCAACCACACUCUCCUCAGCAGAAUUUUGGUCAACAUCAAAAUUUCUCACCACGGCAAAACAUGGGCCCACAGCAGAGUUACGUCUCACCUCAGAAUCCACCAUCCCAACAGAGUUAUGGUUUCCAACAUAACUAUGGUCCGCCAGGCACUCAAAGGGGUGCCGUGCCAGUGCAUAACAGCCCUGGUGGAUUGAAUAACUAUCAGGGCGGCCUACAUGAUCUACAGGGUAGCCCACCUGACACUCAGAGAGCCUUUGGAGGGGAAAAUAAAAACUAUGGUCAAACCCAAGGUGAACAUUUUGGAAGAGAACCAACGGUUGGCCAGUGGAAUACAACUACUGGACCUCCAUUUGGGCAGAACUACCCGAAUCCCAGAGAGCAAAGGUUCUCGCAACCGGAACAGAGAAGCAAUGUUAAUGGGGACGAGAGGAGCCAAGGACCCACUUGGAGGGAAGAAACUGGCCAAGGCAGCAGCUAGAUAUUCCAGAGUUCUAAUCAUGUGAUGGUAAAGUGCAAGUUUUCAAAUCUGUUUAUAUGUGGAGCCUGAGGGAUAUCCAUCUUGAUGAGAGUUCUAUAAAAUCAUUGCAAUCCUUUGGAGUCUCUGCGCAUGUCAAGAGUCCUGUUCUCAAGAAUAAAAAUGCUGAUUAGUUCUGUGGAUUGUUGUUAGUUUUGAACAUCUGAGUUACAGAACAUCCUCAAAUGUGGUAAGCAGUCGUAUAUUUGAAUUUUUGCUUUAAAUUAUGGUUUGGGAACAAGACAGGCCACACAUUAACAGGCCAGAGCUAUAUUGUCAGGUUUAAGUUAGGCCUAUUAUCUAUUAAAGGGAUUUUUUUGCCUAACCUGUUUGAAUUGUCUUGCUGUCUGGCAUGAAGCCUAUGCACAAAUCCUGCUAUUAUUAACAAACAAAAUAGUAAUGCA